UUCAUUCACAUCCCAUCAACCCCAGAGACAUUUGAAAGUUGGAACAGAUUGUAACAGGGGCUUCAUAAAAGGGGUCCCAAAACCCAAACCCUAACCUCAUUCGCUCGCGGUUAUGGCGUCCGAGAGCGCUUCUCGAUCGAGUUCUGCGGCGGAUACCUACAUUGGGAGCUUGAUAAGCCUAACUUCCAAGAGUGAAAUCAGAUACGAGGGCAUUCUGUACAACAUCAACACAGAAGAGUCCAGUAUUGGCCUAAGAAACGUGCGAUCUUUUGGUACAGAAGGAAGGAAAAAGGAUGGACCACAAAUUCCCCCUGGUGACAAGGUUUAUGAGUAUAUACUUUUCCGUGGUACUGACAUCAAGGAUUUACAGGUUAAAUCCUCUCCACCUGUGCAGCCUCCUCCACAAGUCAACAAUGACCCAGCUAUUAUUCAGUCUCAUUAUCCUCAUCCUGUCACUACAUCUACAAGUUUGCCUUCUGCUGUGAGUGGACCUUUGACUGAUCUUAACUCUCAUACCCCUCAGCAUGGACUUCCUGGGUCAAAUUUUCAAGGACCCUUACCUUUGUAUCAACCUGGAGGGAACAUAGGAUCAUGGGGAGCUUCUCCGCCUGCUCCAAAUGCAAAUGGUGGUAGGCUUGCUAUGCCAAUGUAUUGGCAAGGAUAUUAUGGUACUCCCAAUGGGCUUCCUCAAUUGCAACAACAAUCUUUGCUUCGACCUCCACCUGGUUUAUCAAUGCCUUCCUCCUUGCAGCAGCCUAUGCAGUAUUCCAGUUUUAGUCACUCUUUACCUACUGUAUCUUCUAACUUACCAGAAUUACCAUCAUCUUUACUACCUGUGAGUACUACUACCCCUAGUGUAACAUCUGCUUCGUUUCCUCCGUCUAAUUUUGCCCCAGCACCUUCUGCUUUGCCUCUUGCACCUUCUGCAUUGCCUCCUGCACCAUCUGCUUUGCCUUCGGCUUUGCCUCCUGCNCCUUCUGCAACGCUUGCUUCUGAAAUUUUGCCAGCAUCAGUAACAAACAAGAUACCCAAUGUUUCAACUUCAGCAACCAUGUUAGCUGCUAGCUUACCAUCACUGACUUCGCUGACUAAUUCUGGUCCAGAAAUAAAUGCUAUAGUGCCACCCAUCAAUAGCAAACCAAAUGCAAUUUCAGGUUCAAGCUUAGCCUAUCAAACUGGAUCACAGUUGUCUCCUGCAGUUAUUGGAUCAUCAACUUCUAUCCAUACAGAAACAUCAGCCCCUUCUCUGAUUACCCCAGGUCAAUUAUUGCAGCCUGGACCAUCAAUAGUUACUUCAGCUCAGCCUUCACAAGCACCUCAUAAGGAUGUUGAAGUGGUUCAGGUAUCAUCAAUGUCAUCUUCUGAGUCAUCUCUGCCAGUUUCUACUGAUGUUCAACCACCAAUACUGCCUUUGCCAGUAACUUCACGACCCAAUCACAGGCCUGGUGGAGCUCCUACUCAAACUCAUCAUAACUAUAGUUACCGAGGACGCGGGAGAGGAAGAGGAACUGGGGGCCCAGUCACACAAUUCACUGAAGAUUUUGAUUUCAUGGCAAUGAAUGAGAAAUUCAGAAAGGAUGAAGUAUGGGGUCAUCUUGGUAAAAGCAAGUCUCACUCAAAAGACAAAGAUGGUGAAGAGAUAGCGUAUGAUGAAGAUUACCAAGAUGAAGAGAAUAGUGAUUUAUCGAACCUUGAGGUUAAGCCUAUUUAUAACAAGGAUGACUUCUUUGACUCGCUCUCUUCCAACGUGCAUGAUAAUACUUCACGAAAUGGAAGGACUAGAUACUCUGAACAAGUCAAGAUUGAUACUGAGACGUUUGGUGAUUUUGUGAGGUACCAUGGAAGCCGAGGUGGCCGUGGCCCUGGUCGUGGUGGACGAAUGCGUGGUGGUUAUUAUGGAAGAGGAGGAGGAUAUGGAUAUGGAUAUGGCUAUUCUGGACGAGGCAGGGCUCGCGGUGGUGGUGGUGGUGGUGGCGGUGGUCGAGCUUUAUAGGUGGCAGGUAAUGUUUAGUUAUGGAGAUGAUGGAGGGCAAGAGCCUAGGUAGCCUCCAACUCAUGUUAGGGAUUAUUAUUAUGCUUCAUUGCUGGGUUACAUGCCUGUGCUUGUUUAACAGAAGAAUAAUAAGUAAGAACUUUUUGUAUUGCAUGUUACAUGCCUCUUGUUACACCUCUACCAAAUUUACCUGGUUUGGUGGAAACAUGUUUGUACACCAUUUUAUUUUAGUUAUAUCAAAAAGGCAGAGAAGUUCAGACAAUUUUUUGCUUAGUCA